UGAUUGUUAUCCGCUUUGUUGGGCUCAAUUUAAACAAGGAUCUCUUUCCUUCCUCGCCCGCCUCUCUUCUCCUACUCCUCAGUCUCAGGAGGACGAGCAGCUGGUGCAGCAGAAGGAGCAGUUGCAGUGGAUUCUCUUUAACGUGGCCCCCAGGCUUAAAGAACAAUAGUAGUAGUACUGCUUAUCAAAACUGUAGCCCCGGGUUGUACUCCAGACCUACCGCACAAAGUCAACAAAUUAAUGGUCGUAUAUUCAGUAGUAUAUUGAUUACAAGGUCCAUUAGUACAAUAAUGGGUAAUAAACAGAGCAGCACUGCUGGUACUGGUAGUGGUGGGAAGAGAAAGACUAAAAAAGGUGGAGAGAGUGAACCUGCAACAGCUGCAGCUCCAGCUGAACCAGCUAAUACUCCUCCUCCUCCUCAAGUUGAAGAAGAACCUAAACCUCAAGGAACUGGAGACGAGGGAGAGAGCAAGAGUUAUGAGAGCUCGAACGACAUUGUAGAGAAAAAUGUUGGAAAAACAAGCGAUUUACCAGAAGGACAGAUGAAAGAGGUAGAGAUUGAUGGCGACCAUAAGGCCUUACUAGUCCAUCAAAAUGGCUGCUUUACAGCUGUAUCCAGCAAAUGCACCCACUAUGGGGCACCACUAGUGAAAGGUUAUCUUGGUGAUGGUAGGGUAAGGUGUCCCUGGCAUGGUGCUUGUUUCAACGUUACCACUGGAGACAUUGAGGAUUAUCCAGGGAUUGAUAGUUUGGCACGCUACACUGUUAAGAUUGAUGGAGAAGACAUCAUAGUGUCUGCUGUAAAAAG